UCGAUGCGUAAACUCGACUUGGUUUAAACUACACAACACUUUCUUGCUGUUGCCGUGAUGUGGGCAACGCCGAGGAGGACGCGGUCGGAGGCGAGCGAAGACGAGGAGAUCGUGGUGAACGUGGGCGGCGUGAGACACGUCCUGAGCGCCAGCGUACUCGAGCGCUACCCAGCCACGCGCCUCGCGCACCUCGCCGACCGCGCCGCGGAGGGCUUGUACGAUCUCUCGCGAUUCUGCGACGACUACGACGCGGCGACGCGCGAGUUCUUUUUCGACCGCGACCCGGACGCGUUCAGAUGCAUCGCCGAGGUGUAUCAGUAUGGAGAGGUGCACAUGGCCAAGGGGACGUGCCCGGUACGCUUCAGCAAGGAGAUGGAGUUCUGGGGAGUGGACAUGGACCUGCUGGACGAGUGCUGCAAGAGCAACCUAAAGGAAGCAGAGGAGGAGCUGUCUGAGAUUGCCGAGAAGGUCCGAGCCAUUCUGGACGACAUGGAGGGAAGCCCUUCGAGCGGAAAGUGCAGGGCUUUCCUGUGGAGGCUCAUGGAGAAACCGGAGUCGUCCUGGGCAGCACGCACCAUAGCCCUUCUCUCGUUUCUCUUCGUGCUCCUUUCAUCCGUGGUGAUGUGUGUGGGGACUGUGCCUGAGCUUCAUGAGCAGGACGAUGAUGGGAACAGAGUUGAGAAUCCAAGCCUGGAAGCCAUAGAGACAGCGUGCAUCAUUUGGUUCACAGUGGAGUACAUGUUGCGCUUAGCCGCAGCUCCCAAUAAGUUGCAUUUCACCAUCUCCUUUAUGAACGUGGUGGACUUUCUGGCUAUCGCGCCUUUCUACCUGCUCCUGGUGCUGUCAUACCUUGGCACUGCCGUGUUGCAGCUGGGCACUGUGCAGCAGGCGGUGCAAGCGCUCCGUGUAAUGCGUGUGGCACGUGUCCUCAAGUUAGCACGCCACUCCUCAGGCCUGCAGACUCUCACCUACGCACUCAGGAGUAGCUGCAAAGAGCUCGGCCUGCUGCUCAUGUACAUGGGCAUAGGCAUCUUCCUGUUCUCAGCACUUGGCUACACGGUGGAGCAAAGCCACCCAGAGACCAUGUUCACCAGCAUCCCACAGUCCUUCUGGUGGGCCAUCAUUACCAUGACGACAGUGGGCUACGGUGAUAUCUACCCCAAGACCACACUGGGCCGGUGCAACGCUGCUGUCAGCUUCCUGUGUGGAGUCAUUGCCAUUGCUCUGCCCAUACACCCCAUCAUCAACAACUUUGUUGUCUUCUACAGCAAGCAGCGUGUGCUUGAGACUGCCGCUAAACAUGAGAUAGAGCUCAUGGCACUGCGUUCAAAGGAAGGAGAGCCUGUGGAUGCUACUGGUUUGGAAUUCCAGAGAUCAAGCCAACUGAUGGGUGAACGAAUGGCCUGGGAUUGUUCCAAUCUUACCUCACAAGGUGAUGGCCACAAUCCAUUACUCAGUGACUCUGGGCAGAGCAUGACUUUUCAGAAAUGCAAAAAGCAAGACGGAUAACGGACAGAAUGGAGAAUGGACAGACUGGAGAACAGACAGACUGGAAAACGGGUUCACUGCUCAGUGCAUUCAUGGAGCGUUUGGACCACAGUUUUCUUUUAUAAGCUAUUACUGUAAUUACUUCCUAUAAUAAGGAAUAAGAAUAAUGAUUUUCCAUAUAUUCAUGAAACCGAGCCAAACUGCCAAGUGGAAUUUUUUUUUCCCACUGAAAAUCAAUCCAGGAUAAAUGUAUUUGUUUUAACAGAUUUGUAGUGUUAAAUACUGUUCAACAAAAUAUCAAAUAAAUCUGUGAUAUAUUCUAAUUUAUGAAUUAUGUCAUGUAAGUAAGUUUAUUUACCAAAGGGUUCACCUGCUUGAGCUUGAGCCUCUUUUCUACAAACUAUUAAUGAAAAUAGAAAAAAAUAUAUAUAUAUUAUAAAUAUUUAUUAUAUAUUAUAUAUAUAUAAUAAAUAUUUAUAAUUCAUUAUCCACUUACAUUAAUUUCUAAGUAAAGUUCCUGGUUUUAAUGCUACAAAAUGUGCAAAAUACUAUACAUAACACGAGGAUAUUAUAUUUAAAUAAGAUUUAUAUGCUACAUUUUUGCAUAUAACUGUAUGUCUUUAGGCUUCUACUAUCUUGUGGAUUUCUGAAAAGCAUGUAC